AUGCAACUGAAUGACGACAAUGGACCCGGACUGUGGGAAGAAGAAGAAGGGGGCCGGGGGUCAUAGCUGAAGGCUGUUACAAAAUGAAAACAAAAACGAGAAAACCUAAUUCCCCGUUCCUUGAGCUUGGUUAGAACCGAGGGCUAUAUAACCCUUAAAUGGCGCCAACAUUUCACACCUCGAUGUUAAGAUCAAUAUGAGUAAUUGUGUUCUAUCAAGGAAACAAAUUAAGGGUGUCGAAUCAGAGAAAAAAAUUAAAUGAAAAUAUUCUUUUAAGUAAGUUAAAUGGUGGACCAAAGGAAUCCAUCAUUAUCUAGUGCAUCACGAUUUACAUCAAAGUACUGUGAAAAAGAUGAAAUCAGACAUGGACAUGGUGAGAGGGAUGAUAGCAGAGGAUAACCCCGUCAAAGCAAUUCAGGAAACCCCUUCCUGAGCGGUGACAGAUGUAUAAACCUACAUUGUACUUAUAAUACCUUGAGUUUUAUCCAAAAAAAAAUUAGAAUACAAUUUUUUAUCUUAGAAAAGAGUUAGACGUGAAAACAACAUGUGAAUAUUUUAUCGGUUAUAUGUCAAAGUGAUUGUCCCGAUAAAGACACCAAACAUUGCAUUAGUAAGAAACUCAAGACUUUUGAAAAGUGCUAGACCACUAAGAGCCAUUAUCUAAUAAAUAUAAAAUAUUUUAUUUCCAAUUAUUGAUGAUCUUCUACUUAUGACUUGAGUUGCUGCUUUGAUUGACGAACCCAGUAUUCAUGCAUCAAAUAUAGAACAAGGAGCAAGAGGGAUGAAAUAUAGUUGAUUUGGUAGGCCAUUGAUCUGAGACAAUUAUUUGGUAUGCUUACAAGAAAAUCCAGUUUCAAAACAAGAGUUGAAGAUGAUAUAAUGUCAUUAUCAGAAGUCAUGUGUGGACAUAAUUCCACUCAAUAGGAUGACGCCAUAAAUGAAGGGAUGAUGUUUAUGGGUAUAAAUAAAAUCUUAGAUUUCUUUGGGUUUAUUCACAUCUAAGAUAGUCUGAGCAAUUAUUGUGAUUAUUUGGUUUAUUUUAGAGAUACUAAAUUUAUUAAGUUCUUGAGAGAUUUAGUAUGCAAAAUUGUGCCCCUAGUAUUGCUCAAACCAUUAAAGGGAGGGUUAGAUGUUUGGUUCAUAUUGUGCUAAAUUGAAGGAAAGGGGAGGUCAUUAUCUUGGCAUGCUUCCUACCUACUGAGUGAUCUCAUGAUGCCAUUAUAUCUAUACGAUGGAGACAGUUCAAUUCCGUUACAUUAUUUUCAUUGUAAUAAUUCAAGUUAUUUACAAUAGUUGAGGCAUUUGAAAAUCAAAUGCUAACAAUUUAUUGCAGUUUUUUCUCCAAGAAUAACAAAUACUCAUCUGUUGGUACGUUUAUUGAAAUUAGGUAGCUCGUGGCAGGUCAGAAGGUUCAACAUUAUUUAGUGCCCACCUUUCCUGAAUAUACGGAACUUUUCAAGUACUUUGACGGGACUAAAAUUCCUGUUUUUUGAACGUCUUUUGUAUGAGGAUGAGGGAGAGAGAGCGAGAGGUUGGGGGGCAGAUGGAAGGGGAGAGCUGCGUAUAUACAACGACAGAACCGCGCUCCUUAUCUUCUCACUGUAAGAGACCCGGACGGUGGAGGGCAAUGAUUAGAGAUAAGACAGGUUGCACCCCGUAAGAGACCAGCACGGUCGGGACACCAUUCCAAAGGGACGACUUUACAAGUAUUAUGAGUAUUAUUAUUGUUAUUUUGACGUCACGAGGUGGGCUUCCCUCUCCUGCGUGCAGAGCCACAGCCAAGUGCGACGGAAGGGAAGGAAGAAGAAGGGGAUGGGGCCCUCAGAACUGGACGGACGUGGCGUAGGUUUGGCCGAACCUCCAGUUGGAGGGCGCCACGUUGUUGGCAGUCCGGACCUGACCGUCGCUAAGCUGGACCCGGAAGGAGAGGCUCUGCCCGUUGAGGUAAGAGAGCGACUGCCAGUUGGUACCCCAGUUCCGGGUCAUCACCUGCCACCCGGUCCUGGACCCCUUGAUCCACAUGGCCGCCACGUCUCCGGCUCCGGCCACGUUCGUCACCAGCACCAAUUCGAAGUAGUCCCUGCCGUUGAUGGUAAACCUCAUCCCACCGCUCCGUUUGCAGCUCACCCUGAAAAGAACCAAGGAAAUAGAUAUGAGUUAGUUGGGGGGGGGGUAGGGGGUUGGGGGGCGGAGGGGGGCGGGAGAGGCAGAGAGAGAGAAGCGUAUUAGUGGGUGCUCGACGACAUAUCACCUUUGGUAGAGGAUGGGCACGAUGCCUGCUCUGUAUAUGGCGAUGGUCUCCCACGCAGGCUGGGACAUGUCGAAAUGUCGGCGCGGGGUGUUGCACCAGCCGCCGUUGUCGUUGGGAAGGGCGUUGUUUGGCGGGCAGAAGUUGGUGGCAGUGACGGUAAUGUACUUGUCCUUGCGACACCACUGCGGCGCCUUUCCGGCGUCGCACACUAUCUGAUAGCAAGAACCGCAGGUCGCCCCGUUGUUGAACAGCACCGUGCUCAGCGCCGCGUUGUUUAUCCCAUAUCCAUCCGAGUAG